CGUCCGCGCGGCCCCGGGCCCUUACCCCUGCCGGGCGCGGCCGCGGCCAUGCAGCCCCGGGGCUGAGGCGGCCCCAUGGCCACGCCGGCUGCCCCGGCGACGACGGCGCAUGGAGAACUUCCGUAAGGUGCGCUCCGAGGAGGCGCCGGCCGGGGGCGGUGCCGAGGGGGGCGGCCCGGGCUCCGGGCCCUUCGCGGACCUGGCCCCGGGCGCGGUGCACAUGCGGGUCAAGGAGGGCAGCAAGAUCCGGAACCUGCUGGCCUUCGCCACCGCCAGCAUGGCGCAGCCAGCCACGCGCGCCAUCGUCUUCAGCGGCUGCGGCCGGGCCACCACCAAGACCGUCACGUGCGCCGAGAUCCUCAAGCGCCGCCUGGCGGGCUUGCACCAGGUCACGCGGCUGCGCUACCGGAGCGUGCGCGAGGUGUGGCAGAGCCUCCCGCCCGAGCCCUCGCCGGGCCAGGCGCCUGGCGCCCCGGCCGCCAGCCUCAGUGUGCUUAAGAACGUGCCCAGCCUCGCCAUCCUGCUGUCCAAGGACGCGCUGGAUCCGCGGCAGCCCGGCUACCAGCCCCCCAGCCCUCAUCCCGGGCCCUCGUCCCCGCCAGCCGCGCCGACGGCCAAGAGGAGCCGGAGCGAACCUGCCGCUGGAGAAGCCUCGGGGAAGCGGUCACAACCAGAGCCCGGCGCUGCGCACGAGGACCCGACGGCCUGAGAACUCGCUCCGGACUCCGGCCGCCUGCCACGCCUGGGUCUCUCCCCCCGGGUGCCUCUAGCCUUUCACGCCUGGAGCGCACAGCUGGGACACAGCGACUGGCGGCGUGGACCCCACGGCAGGAGGAGGAGGACCCCAGGGAAGCUUCUCGGGCUGGUUGCUGCUGUGCCCAGUACGGCCUGAAGACGCGGAGCCCACCGUCGCCUGUUCUGCCGCGUCCUGGGACCUUCAAGGGAGGGGACUCGGGGCGGUGGGGUUCUUGAGGCGUGUCUGGGUCCCCGGGCGGUUAAAGGCACCCAGCGGAGGCCCGGGGUCUGGACGCCACCGAGGAGAGCAGGGGGUGAGAGACUGGCGGCUUGAGGGUUGGGGAGUCUGGGAUGUGGGGCCUGCUCCGCGCUCCCCCACCCGGGGUCAGUUUCUAGUGUUCCCCCUGCUUCCCAGGAGCAGCCCAAGGUCCUGGUGACAGGCACUGGGGCAUCUCCCCGGGCUCUGUGUGUUUUCGCCCCCCCCCCCCCCACUUUCCCCAGGCUGGUCCGAAGGGAAAGACUGACCCAGGACCACACGCCCUGUGUCUCCUCCCCCGAGCCCCACAGCUGGAGUCUUGCAACCAAUAAA